AUGUCGUCCGAACGCUCUUUCAUCAUGAUCAAGCCCGACGGCGUCCAGCGCAACCUUGUGUCCGAAAUCAUCGGGCGCUUCGAGCGCCGCGGCUACAAGCUGUGCGGCCUGAAGAUGGUGCAGCCGACGCGCCAGCUCGCUGAGAGCCACUACGCCGACCUUUCCGAGCGCCCCUUCUUCGGCGACCUGUGCACCUUCCUCUCGUCGUCGCCCGUCGUCGCCAUGGUGUGGGCCGGCGCCGACGUUGUCAAGCAGGGCCGGACCAUGAUCGGCGCCACAGACCCGCUCAAGUCCGCCCCGGGCACCAUCCGCGGGGACCUGGCGCUUGUUACGGGGAAGAACGUCAUCCACGGGAGUGAUUCGUGUGAGAACGCCGAGAAGGAGAUCGCGCUCUGGUUCAAGGAUGGAGAGGUCUGCAACUAUGAGCAAGUCACCGCCCCCUGGAUUUACGAAUAA